AUGCCUAGAGAUCCGUGUAUUGCGCUUGUGGGGAAACCCUCUAGUGGGAAGUCUACCACCCUUAACAGUUUGACUGAUGCCAACGCCAAAGUCGGCGCCUUUCCCUUCACAACCAUCGAGCCUAACAAGGCCACCGGCUACUUACAAGUCGAUUGCGCUUGUUCCCGGUUUGGUAAACAGGACCAGUGCAAGCCAAACUACGGGUGGUGCGAGAACGGCAAGAGGUCCGUACCGGUGAUGCUUCUUGACGUCGCGGGGUUGGUUCCCGGUGCCUCGCAGGGCCGUGGGUUGGGGAACAAGUUUUUGGACGACAUCAGACAGAAUUCUGACUUGAUUGUACACGUGAUGGAUGUCAGUGGAUGCACGGAUGAAAACGGAAAGGCCACACGAGGCUACGAUCCGUUGAAAGACGUGGAGUGGUUGCAGGACGAGAUCCGCCUCUGGAUCGAAGGUAACUUGAAGAAGAGAUGGGGCUCCAUCGUGAGAAGACACACCGCCACCAAGGCGCAUGUCGUGGACACCUUACAGGCUCAGUUUGGUGGCUACGGUUCCACCGCCAAGGUAGUUGCUCGUGCCUUAGCGAAGAUCAAAGACUUGCCUCCUAUAGACAAGUGGGACGACGAGUGGAUCACCACAGUGGUUGCUGCCUUUAUAUCCGAGCGUUUCCCCACCGUCUUGUCGUUGAACAAGAUCGACCAUCCUGAUGCAGACAAGAAUAUCUCCAAGAUCAUGUUGAAGUACCCGAACACUAAGUGUGUUUUGACCAGUGCCGUAACCGAGGUAUUUUUGCGUAAGUUGGCGAAACAGAACUUUAUCAAGUACGAAACUGGGACUGAGUUCGUCGACACGUUGGAGGAUUUGCCAGACUCUGACUUGAAGCCGUUGGACGAAAAGCUCAUGGAGCGCGUGGACAACAUCCGUGACUUAGUGUUGUACCGCUUUGGCUCCACUGGGGUGAUCCAGAUUCUCCAAGCUGCUGCUGAAGUUCUAGGGUUGGUGCCUGUCUAUCCGGUGAGAAACAUGAACACAUUUUCCGGAAACUCUGGAGGAUUCGUGUUCAGAGACUGUCUCUUGGUGAAGAAGGGCACGCUCGUCGCCCAAGUGGCGAAGAUGAUUGUGGGUGAGGUGACCAUUGCGGCGAUUGAGGGAGUCGGUGGACUGAGAAUUAGUGAGGAGGAUACCGUGGACGUGGGAAAGAACGAUAUUAUGAGUUUCCGGAUUGUUCCGUCGUCAAAGGAGUAA